AUGAAGAACAACUUUACUGGUCUCUACAAAUGCCCUACGCAAUCGCGAGCCUCCUCACGCGAUCGCGAAGAACGAUCUUCUGCAACAGAAAUACCAGCAAAAAUUGCCAAUUUUUCAAGGCUUGAGGUUUCUCAUUUGCCCCAAGGCUUGUUGAUCAACCAACACAAGUAUCUCAAGGAACUGCUCACUGAGUUUCAUUGUGAGUCUGCUUCUCCUGUUGCUAUACCAUUGGAUAUGUCUAUAAAGCUUACUCCUACUUCUGAAAUUUGUGAAUGGUUAUUAUGUGACACUUGGGGCAGUCCUAUUGCGCUGAAGUCUAAGAAACAACCUACAAUAUCAUUGGCUUCUGCAAAAGCUGAAUACAUGGCUCUUCGAAAAACUAUUGCUGCACUUACUUGGCUCGUUAGACUAUUGGCAGACUUGGGUCGUUCUAUUUCUGCUCCAAUUCUUUUGUACUGUGACAACACGUUAGCCAUAAGCAUUGCCAAGAAUCCUAUUUCACAUAAGAGGACCAAGCAUAUUGAGCUUGAUUAUCAUUUUGUCCGGAAAAAACUUGUUGGUGGCCUCAUUUCUUUGAAUUAUAUUCCUACUGCAUCUCAACUGGCAGACAUUUUUACCAAACCAUUGACUCGCAUUCAGCAUCAGUUUCUUUUAUCCAAGCUGGGAGUCUUUUCACCCUCCAGCUUGAGGCAGGCGGGUGUUAGAUUAAAUGAUGGCCCAACUCAUACAGGGUCAAACAUAUCUGAAGAGGAAAUAGACCCAGGCCCAAGAUGA